UGCAGCACUGCACUCAGAAGGUGCCGUGCAUGUCUUCAGCUCCUAGGUGUACAUCUGGUUGUCUCUUUAGGACCCGGUUGCACCUGCGGGUUUUUGUGAAGCCGCUGACGUCAGCUGGAAACCGCACAGGUCUCCGCCGCGCGGCGGCAGCGGCGCCCCAACAGGCGCAGCGUCCGUCCAGCGCGCAUCGCAGGCGGCUGCCACACUCCGCCACGUUCCCGCGACGCGCCUCGACACCUUCUCUCUCCAUUCCCACGCAUGCACCCUCCGCUUCUGCCGUGAGCCCUCCGCGCCUCUCCGACCCCGCCAUGUCCUCGGCCGUCACGGAGACGGAGGAGUCGGCGCACAGCUCCCCGCUGACCCCGCUGAAGCUGGUCGGGCUCGUGUGCGUGUUCUUGGCGCUCUGUUUGGACGUGGGAGCCGUGAUGAGUCCGGCGUGGGUGACCGCCGACGACCAGUACUACCUGUCUCUGUGGGAGUCCUGCUGGAAGCCGGGGAGCUUUGAGAAGUGGGAGUGCAACAGCACGCUGGACAAAGACUGGCAGGUUGCCACACUGGCCUUGUUGCUAGGGGGCGGAGCCUUGGUGCUGAUGUCAUUCCUAGUCGCUUUGGUUGCCGUGUGCAUCGGUACAAGACGGCGGUUCUACGCCCUCGUUGCCUUCAUGCUCUUCGCCGCAGUUGUCCUCCAGGCCUGCAGCUUGGUCCUCUUCCCCAUCAAGUUCAUCGAGAGUAUCAACUUGAGGAUCUAUCAUGAAUUCAACUGGGGCUACGGGCUGGCUUGGGGAGGGACCAUCUUUUCCUUUGGUGGGGGAGUCCUCUACUGCCUCAACCCAAAGAGCUAUGAGGAUUACUACUAACUCCAAUAACAGCUGGGAACUUCACAGCUACAUUUUGGCAAAGAAGUAAAGAUGGGGAUGGGGGGGUUAUGUUUUUUUAACACCUGAUUUCCCAGGAUGUGCUGGAAGUAAUGAACAUCAGAUUUGAGCGACUCAAGCUUUGACCGUUGGAAUUAAAGCGGAUAUUCAAGAUAUCACCUUUUUUUGCCUCUGUCAAAAGAAUUUUUGAUGCGGACUCACCAUCUUGGCAGCGAUUGCUAAGACUUGUGUAAUACCCUUCAAAAAACCUGUCGACCGUAGACUCAACAACUCUCCCUCUGUUCUUGGCUCCACAAACCCAAGUUUUUGACUCUGUUAAUUAGAAAAUUGUUGCAUGUUCUUUGGCUGGAUCCCUUCAAAUUUCUUCAUCUCGGUUUCCUGUUCCAUUGUCAAAACCUACGGCUUGGUUAGACGCAGAAGCCGUUUUGUUUUUCAGAGCCCUUUGGAGUCCCUGAGGUUCCGCAAGGGUGUGGAAGCAGAUCACAUCCUCAUAACUUUUCAACAGACAGACUCUUCCUGGAGGAAGGUGAGGGCAGGAAUAAAAAAAAAACGUAAGACACCCACUCAAUAUUCCGUUAUCGACCCACUUGUCUGUUACCACGGCAACCCACGGGGAGUGCACAUGCAGCUGUCAUGAUUGAUUACCCACGGUCGGGGGUUGUAAGACAGUACGGCCCUCCGAGGCCUCCAAGCGUCUUCGAUUGCCAAUUGAACGGAGUUUCUCCAGCCACCUGUCAUUUGGUGUUCGGUUUCGCCCUCCGGUAAUUCUCUCUGUGAAAAAGGAGUGUUGUCAGCCCGUCAGUAGUCAGGUUUACAUGCACAACGGCCGUGAGAUAAAGGGGGAUUGUUCUGAAUGGAAUCUUGUAAUUAUGCACUCAUCUGAUUGAGAUUCCUCGGGGCUUUCAUGCCUUGUCUCAUUUCCUGGCUGCAUUCGGUGAAAUUGCUCGGCCAAGUUGGGGGUGGAAAGGAUGGUUUGGCUCAGUCUGACAUAAAAACAAUAUCUCACACAAAAAUCACAUACAUACCUUUAAAUGAAUUCAAACAGGUGCAGAUAAAGGGUGAAUGUUCAAUCUUUACUCUUUAGAGAAGGCAGUUAAUCGGAGCUCAUUCAACUUUUCUUGUACUAAGUGAUAGUUUUAUCAUGGUUCCACAUAGUAUUCCAUAAUUUACUCAACAGUUCUCCAUUUGUGCCUUUCUCCAAGUCAUCAACACAUUAGGUUGUAUUCAGUAUUUGUGAUCAGGAAAAGCAGGAGUGGCAAGACCUACACUUGUACAUUUUGCUAUAAUCCAUUUGAGCUUGUAAGUUGGGUGUUCUGUGUCCCCAGAAGAAAAAAAUCUAUAUGCUUAACUCUGUAGCCACGCUACAGGUAGAAGAUAUUGGCUUUAAUAGAAAACUUAAUCUUUGUCAGUAACCUGUGCCUUGCAAAAAGCAUUGUUUCCCCUUCUGGUUGUCCACAUUUCCUCAUGUAACAACCUCAGAGUUUGAUGCAUUUUAUUGGGACUGCAGGUCCAACAUAAAGCCCCAAUCAAAUACAUUGGAGCUUGUGGUUGCAAUGUGGUGUAAUGUGGAAAUGUUUAGAGCUAUUUUGCAAAACAAGUAAUGAGUAAUACAUGCUGUGUCUUUUACUUGCGACACUAUUUACAGAUUCCAGUGAAGCAAUUGCUUUAGAUUCACAUUUACUCCUACCAGCCAGCAUCUGGAGAAUACAGAGGGAAUUUUUGAAUGUGUUCACUGAACUAAACAAAUCCCAGCCUGUACAAAAAUGUACAAAUGAUGGGUAACUUAAGAAAUUUCAAAGUGGAGUUUUAUUUGGAUGUUAAUUAAUGGCCUGUUUGUAGUAGAUAAUUUUCUUAGUCUUAGCUGUUAGCAACAGCUUUAUUUGCCUAUCUCUCUGAAUAAUCAUUUCACACAUCUCAAACAGUUUAAUUUUAGACUGAUCAAAUGUACUCCAGACUCACUUAAAAAACAAUCGCAAAAUAGUCACUAGCUUAGCAUCAAUAGGAAACCCUGAAACAGAUGCUAACCUUAGCAUCUGCUACAGGUUAGUCAGUCACAGUAUUUUCAGAACUCACAAAUCGUUCCUAUUUUAUCUAUCACUCUGAUUUAAGAUUAUUCUCAGUCAGUUCGACAAAAAGUUUUUCCCAUCUAGCAAGCAAAUGUUCAGACGACAUUCACUGACGGUAGCGUUAUAUUUUUUUUUUUACCAUUUCUUUUGCCUUGGUAGUCUUUAAUCUCAUUUUGAAUGUUAUCUGCAAGCAUUUUGUGUACAUUUGUAGAAAAUGUACAAGAACAUCAUCAAACGUUGAGUGUUGUUCGUGUACGACCAGACAACGCUCCCAGAAAGCUUUAUUGUAUUUUGUGUUGACAUUCAGAGAACAUUGUCUGCAAAUGUUCACUGAAAACUGAUGGCGAUGGUCAGGGAGCGUUGUCUGGAUGUUCGGUGUUAGCUUGGUAUUAGACAACUCUGUCAACACAACUGAUCAAAUAAGGAAUGACUUCAACAACCAGAAAUAACAAGGAAACAACCAAAUCUCACACUAAUAGCUUAUAUCUAUAAGCACUACACCAUUUUCUUAAAUAUACAUUUGAGUUUUAACAUUGGAGAAAGCUACCCAGAGUUAGCUAGCCUCUGUUAAAAACAAAAUGCUAACAGAAUUUUCCAGAUCACCGUAUCUAAUAACUCCUUAUAACCUGGAUCUGCAUUUAACACUGUCACAUUCUACAUGUCAGCUGUGACAAUGCACAAUGCAAAUAUGUUGCUAUGUACAACAUAUUUGAACAGACGAAUGAAAAGGUCUGUUCCUUGGUGUAUGUAACCAUGGCUACUGAAGUCUCUCUUAGUGAUAAAUUCAAACUGUUUUCUUGGACCAAACUGUUCUCCUCGUCAACUGUAAAUGUCAGGAACUUAUGCAUCACUCAAUAUGUAGUUUCUGGUUGAAGACAUUCUGUUAUGUGCUCAGUUGUACGUAGGAAGAAAAUGUCACA